AUGGAUAUCAACCAGGUGUUGGAGGGGACCUACUCCGCCGACGCUAGCAUCCGUAACAACGCCGAGCAACAGCUCAUCCAGGCUGCCGACAACAACUUUCCUCAAUACCUCACCGUCCUCGGCGGCGAACUCGCAAAUGAACAAGCCGCGCCCCAGAUCCGACAGGCCGCCGCCCUGGCCCUGAAGAACGCCUUCACCGCUCGCGAGUAUGCCCGGUUACGUCAGGUCCAAGAACGAUGGCUCAACCUCGACACCCAGAUCAAGCAGCAGGUCAAGGACAUGGCCCUGCGGACUCUGGCCACACCCAACAAGAAUGUAGGCUCCGCCGCCGCACAGUUCAUCGCCUCCGUGGCUGCUAUCGAGAUACCCCGCAAUCAAUGGCCGGAGCUCAUGACCUCGCUCGUCGAGAGUGUCGGUCAAGGCAGCGACGCCCAAAAGCAAUCUUCGCUUACCACAAUCGGUUUCGUGUGUGACACAGACGACGUAGAGUUGAGGGACGCGCUAGCACAGCACUCCAACGCCAUCCUUACGGCUGUCGUCCAGGGUGCCCGCAAGGAGGAGGCCAACAACGACGUCCGUGUAGCCGCCAUCAACGCGCUCAGCGACUCGAUCGAGUUCGUCCGCUCCAACUUCGACAAUGAGGGCGAGCGCAACUACAUCAUGCAGGUCAUCUGCGAAGCCACACAAGCGGACGAUAGCCGCAUUCAGCAGGGUUCGUACGGAUGUCUCAACCGCAUCAUGGGUCUGUACUACGACAAGAUGCGCUUCUACAUGGAGAAGGCGCUAUUCGGUCUUACCAUCCAGGGCAUGAAGAGCGAGGAAGAGGAUGUCGCCAAGCUGGCUGUCGAGUUCUGGUGCACCGUCUGCGAGGAGGAAAUCGCCAUCGAGGACGACAACUCCCAGGCUCAAGCCGAGGGCUCCACCGAGCUCCGCGAAUACUUCAACUUUGCCCGAGUUGCCACACAAGAGGUCGUCCCAGUGCUUCUCGAGCUUCUUGCAAAGCAAGACGAGGAUGCCGACGACAACGAGUACAACACUUCCCGCGCCGCAUACCAAUGUUUGCAGCUCUGGGCACAGUGUGUCGGUAGCGGUGUUAUGCCUCCAGUUCUUGCUUUCAUCGAGAAGUAUAUCCGCUCAGAAGACUGGCACUACCGUGAUGCGUCCGUCUCCGCCUUCGGUGCCAUCAUGGAGGGUCCCGAGGAGAGUGUGCUAGACCCAAUUGUCAAGCAAGCUCUGCCUACUUUGAUCGGAAUGAUGGACGACCAGAAUAUCCACGUCAAGGACUCCGCCGCAUACGCCUUGGGCCGCAUCUGCGAGGCUGUUCCCAGCGCACUCGACGCACAGCAGCACCUGCCUCCCCUAAUUGGAGCUCUCUUCAACGGUCUCGCCAGCAACCCUAAGAUGGCCGCAUCGUGCUGUUGGUCGCUGAUGAACUUGGCCGACAGGUUCGCUGGAGAGCCCGGUUGCACAACCAACCCAUUGUCGCCCCACUUCGCCCAGAGCGUGCAGAGCCUCUUGCAAGUCACCGAGCGCGCUGAUGCCGACAACACUCUCCGCACAGCCGCGUACGAAGUACUCAACUCCUUCGUUAACAACGCCGCCGGUGACAGCGUUCCUCUGGUCAAUGAGCUCGCCAACGUCAUUCUGGAGCGUCUCGAGAAGUCCAUGGCACUUCAAUCGCAGGUCGUUAACGUCGAGGACAAGCUGACUCUCGAAGAGAUGCAGACCAGCUUGGCCAGUGUCAUCAUGGCCAUCAUCCAGCGCAUGGAGAGCGACAUCAGGCCCCAGGCCGACCGUAUCAUGCAGGCGCUGCUGAGUCUGCUUUCAUCUCUGCCUCCCAAGUCUAGUGUUCCAGACACUGUCUUUGCCGCCAUUGGUUCGAUCGCGACGGCUCUCGAGGAGGACUUCCAGAAGUACAUGGAGGCUUUCUCGCCAUUCCUAUACAAUGCUCUUAACAACCAGGAAGAGCCCGCGCUCUGCUCCAUGGCCAUUGGUCUGGUUUCUGACAUCACCCGAUCUUUGGGCGAGAACGUCCAGCCAUUCUGCGAUGCGUUCAUGAACUCGCUUCUCCACAACCUCCGCAGCCCUCAACUUGGCAACCAGCUCAAGCCAGCUAUCCUGCAAUGCUUCGGUGAUAUCGCCCACGCCAUCCACGGUGCAUUCGAGACUUACCUGACUGUUGUUGCCCAAGUACUUCAACAAGCUGGACAAGUCACAUUGACCACCGAGGGUAACUACGAGAUGAUUGACUACAUCACCUCCCUUCGUGAGGGUAUCAUGGAUGCAUGGGACGGAUGUAUCGUUGCCAUGAAGAGCAGCAACAAGACUCAACUUAUCGUCCCAUACCUUGACUCCAUCUUCGACCUUCUCCGCACUAUCCAAGCAGACAGCAACCGCACCGAGGCUCUCCUCCGAUCAUCGUGUGGUGUUAUCGGUGACCUCGCGGAUGCGUUCCCAGCUGGUGACUUCCGGGAGUACUUCCGUCACGAGUUCCUCACCGCAAUGGCGAGGGAGACACGCGCCAACCAAGACUUCAGUGGUCGAACCCGAGACACUGCUCGAUGGGCACGUGAACAGAUCAAGCGUCAAGUCGGUACGUCGCUCGGCUACAACCCCUACCUCCGCCCCGCUCCUCUCUAG